CAUAGAAUCCAACGCUACCUAGAAAAAAGGAAUAAAAUAAUUCCAAUCCAUUUUUCCAAACAAAAAAAACCAACCCAAUCCCCACCAACUACACGAAAUCAAACUCUGCAAAUUCCCCCAAAAAACAACAAAAAACCCCCCAAAUUCCUCCUCCAUCUGCAACGAUGAUGCACAUGACCUUCUACUGGGGCCGAAGCGUCACCAUCCUCUUCGAUUCCUGGCAGACCAAUUCCUGGCCGGGCUACUUCCUCUCUCUCCUCGCCCUCUUCCUCUUCGCCGCCUUCUACCAGUACAUGGAGGAGCGCCGCCUCCGAUUGAAGCUCCUCUCCGCCGCCAAGCCCCCUCCUUCCUCCGCCGCCGAGGCUCCUCUCCUCAGCAAGCUCGGCGGCCGCCGCUGGGGGCCCUACCAGGUCGCCGGAGCGGUCCUGUUCGGGGUCAAUUCGGCGAUCGGGUACUGCCUGAUGCUGGCGGUGAUGUCGUUCAACGCCGGCGUGCUCGUCGCGGUGGUGGUCGGGCUCGCCGCCGGAUACCUGGCGUUCCGCGGCGGCGAUGAGGAAGUGGUGGUGGUCGACAACCCCUGCGCCUGCGCUUGAUCUGGAUUUGGUGGUGUUGGAAUCGAUUGAGAUCGGAUCGGCUCUGAUUGAUUUGGUCUUUUUUUGGAUUUCGUUUGUAUUUGGCGAUUUGGGGAUUAGGGUUUCGAGAUUGUAUCCUUUAAUUUAUCACGUGUUUCUUAAUUUGAAGAAAUCUGAAUUUAGUUUGGAUCUGUGUAAUCAUGGAGUAAUUUGUAUGGGGAAAUUGUGUAUGAUUUUUAUGCAUAACUUAUGAUACCAUUA